CAGGCAUCGGCGAGGUGAACCUCAACAAACACAUCAGCCAUCAAUGGGAAGCAGAAUAUCGGAAGGCUGAAUGGCUCCUCUAACUACAACAGACUGAUAAUGUCACCUUCCCUCCCUCGACGUCCUGCGAGAUCACCUGCAAGAGCAGCUCAAAACACGGCCGUGCACCUGCCCAGCAAUCGAAAGAUUCGACCUUUGGUCUAUGCAAUUGGAGUCGCCGGUAUAGUCGCAUCGGGGGCAUUUAUCGGUGCGAUUUUGAAGACGAGCAGGCAACAAGAGGCAGCAAGAAAGCAAGCACAGAUAUCCUUGACUCCACCAGUACCAUCCGAUCCAACUCCAAACAAAGAAACGGGCCAGCGACCAGACACAGCUGGACCCGCGACCGCUGCGGUGGCUGAAAAUAAAGUGUACCUCGGAUCUCUUGAGAUGCUAGAGGCGAAGCGUGCCCAGCUCUUGGGCCAAAAGACGGCGCUAGAACGGAAGCUGCAGGAUUUUCGAGACUCUCAGCGAAGAAAGGCCGAAGAAGAGAGGGAGAGAAAGGAGUUUGGGUUGAAGAGAUGAUGCUCUGAAGCUCGCCUCAUGGCCGUACUGGCCGAUUGAGAACCAAUAUUCCAGAGUUAUCCUUCAUCACCCUCUCAUCUGGCGAUGUGAAUGGGAAUCCCUUAACCACCGCACCCCCGGCGGUUCUUCUCACAACAAUACCAAAUGGCCCACGGGUUUCACGCUCCACCAAUGGGUUUGCUUCGAUUUGCGUGGCAUCAGUGGCAUUGGCGACGACGUUGAACGUGGAUAAAUCUCCCCCGCCUCCACCAGUCCUCAGAUCCUCUCGCUGCCCCAGAGAACUAUCAUAGAUCUCUUGCAUUAUAAGCUCCUGUUGCCAUAUGGCGACCGAAACAUCGAGCUCGAAGCCGCCCUAGGCUAUUUCAAAAGCCUUCGCGCGGUCUCUGUCCUGCAUUCCCACAGAGGUCUCGGUCCCGACCUCGACAGAUUGGAUCAGGUCAGUUGGCUGAGGCUGUCUGGCUCGUGGGUUGUUAUCUUCAGCUGGCCCAUGACUGGAGUCAGAUUGACCGGUCUUCUUCGGCUGGACGGUUGCUUCCAGCUCCGGAAUUGAAGGGUACUCGGUGUUUUCUGCAUGUUGAUGAUGUUGCAGGAGGCUCAAGCUCUGACCCUGACUUGAUCCCGGGCGUUGGUAAGAGUGGGGCGGUGGCAUGUUGGCGAGGGGAGAGUGCUGUAUAUAUACGUUCUGAUGUGGCUGAAGGGAGGUCCGUGUCUGCGUUCGGAUGUGAGGGAUACUGUCUGUGCAUGCGAUGCGUGGUUCCGAGGCCAGAGGGUGUAACUCAUGGGGACGGAUCGCGUUACAGACUCGCCCUCGAAUCCAAGCUGCGAAGCAAGGACGAAUCUCCUGGUUUUGCUCGAGCGUCUGUUCACAUUUGGGGCACUGUGACACGAUUCGCAACUUCUCAUAACGACACAUGGCGGCUUGGAUAGAGCGAUAUACAGAAACGACGCCCAGCAAGAAAGAGUACGAAUCACAUAAAUGAAUUCGAAUUACAGAAGAGAAAGAGAAUAAAAGAAAAUAAUAUGUGUCAAAUACAUAGCCCCAAUUCACAAAGCAC